CUUCAAAUCCCCCAGUAAUCCCCUCUCAAAGCACUUUCUCAGCCCGACCAGACGGCCCCGAAUAUCAUACUAAUCGGGCAGUUCAGCCGUACCAGGUAGACUGACUGAUUCAUAUGAUUCACCCGGUGCGCGUAACCCUGUUGCUGAGUGGACGCCGCUGGAGGUGGCGUCGUAUGGCGCCCAUCGAUAUUGGAUUCUCCUCAGCCCACUACAUGCCGGCGACAAUACCCUUUCCCGACUGCCUAGGUUCAUCAUUAGACGGUGCACCCUCAAAUACCCUGCCGAGUCGGGGUGUGUGAUGGAGCUAUUGCGGGGUUCAUCUGUCCUUUGCUCCAUUGGAAGCCGCUACUAUGCUAACCUACCGCCUACUCCGCAAUCGCCCCCUCGCGACCCGCCUCAGAUCAUCAUUACAUCUCAAAGCAAAUAGAGGCGCUUCAUCUCAUAUGCUCUAUUCAGGCAGCCGGCUCGCCGAUAUUGUUUGGUGUACUGCUUUGUUUACCCCUUGAGGCUGUGUAUUAUCAUUCUAAGCUCGAGUUGAGUUGCACAGACAGAGUUCGUUGGCACCCACUAUUAUCUCGUACAACCACUUUUUAUCUUAAGAAGAGCGACAUCCUACUCGUCAUCCUCAGUCACACAGCACAAUGAACGGCCACGCCACAGAUGUCCCCUGGAGGCAGAAGUUUUACCCAAGUCAAACAUGCGCCGAACAGGUGCUGAACUACAAGUCGCUGGCGCCACUGGUUGAGGAACCAAGACCUGACCUGCCGCCCUCAAUAAGAGCCGUUCGAAACCCAGGCGAGCCAAGCUCGGGCGGCCGUACCAUCGUCAUCUGCCUCGAUGGCACCGGCGACCAGUUCGAUGGCGACAAUAGCAACGUAGUCAACUUUGUCGCGUGCUUGAAGAAAGAUGAUCCCAACCAACUCACAUACUAUCAAUCUGGCAUCGGCACCUACGAUGGGCGUGGGGUGAAGAGCGGGAUCUCCGCGGCUAUCGACAUGGCAGUUGGCAGUGGCCUCGGGACUCACGUUAAGGAUGCGUACCGCUUCAUAAUGGAGAAUUACAUUGAGGGGGACAAGAUCUGUCUCCUGGGAUUUUCGAGAGGCGCAUACACCGUGCGCUGCCUAACCGGUAUGCUGCACAAGGUUGGCCUGCUGCCAAAGCAAAACAGCGCCCAGGUCGCGUUUGCCUACCGCUUCUACAGGAAUGAUACCGCAAAGGGUUGGAAGAUGAGCGCUGAGUUCAAAAAGACAUUCUGCACCAACAUCCAGGUGCACUUUGUUGGGUUGUGGGACUGUGUGGCCAGUGUCGGAUUCAUCCCCAGAACGCUGCCUUUCAGCAAGACUCCAACGAACACGAUCCGCCACUUCCGCCACGCCAUGGGUCUGGAUGAACACAGGGCUAAGUUCAAAGUAUGCCAGUGGCAACAUCAGGAUGUAGUCGUCGACGGCCAAAAUAAAGGUCAAGGUCCAGCCGAAGCCGAGCCGGCCCCGCAAGAUGCCUACCUCAACUUCCAACCUAGAACAUCUCACCCUCCAGCUAAACGGUGUUCUGAAGCGGUCAUCGAGCACCCCCGACUUCAAACUCAAGCGAUCGUUGACUUUGCCAAUUGGUCUUGUGGGGAAAUCACUCAAAGAGGCCCAGGACCAAAAAGACCAGAAACAGAUCCGACUCGAGAAGCAAUUCGAAAAGGACGACCACUCUGUGUACGAGCAUAUCAAGACUGACACCCUCGAGGUCUGGUUCACAGGUGCCCAUGCCGACGUUGGUGGGGGCGCAGUACCGAAUGGGGAGCGCCACAUGCUCUCGCGUAUCCCUCUCCGUUGGAUGAUCCGACAGUGCUUCGAAUGCGAGACUGGGAUUAUCUUCAACGCCGCCCCGCUAGCAGAAACUGGCAUCGACGUCCUGACCGUCUGGCCCAUCUACAAAACGCCGACGAAGCCUGUCGUCGGCCCUUCGCCAAUCAUGGUGGGUCAGUACGAGGAGAAGAAGCUCCCUCCUCUCAGACGCCGCUCCACUGCCCUAGGUUUGAACAAGGAUUAUGAGGACAUGGGUAACGAUGAAAAGCGGGAGAUUGUCAUUGACGACAUCAUGAAUGAGGCCGAGAGACUGCAGUACCAGGCAGACCUGCUUCCCGAGCACGUCGAGGACCACUUCGACGCCAUGGCCUCCAUCAACGACCAGCUCGAGCUAGCGAAGACUUGGUGGGUCCUCGAGUUCUGGCCUGUCAAGGUGCGCGUGCAGAAGAAGCACUCGGAGGAGUGGGAGAAGGUCGUGCGGUGGAAUCUUGGCCGGUACAGACCGAUUCGCGAGGAGGAGCCGAAGAUGCACUGGACGGUGCAGAUGCGGAUGAAUGAUAAGGCUUAUAAGAUUAGGAAUAGGGUGGAUAUCAAUGCGAUCUGGCAGGUCGCUACGUGAGAACUUUCGGGGUGUUUUUUUCCCUUUGUUGGGGUAGUAACGGAUGAGGUAUAGUAAAACCGGAAGGACCACCUACGAGCGAAGCUCGCUUCGCUCGUAGGUAUUUAGGGUGGGCUUUAAGGAACUGUUGAAGCUAACGUUAAGAGGGCAG